AUGCCGCGGCUUCUGACUUUUGCGAACGGUGUGCAGUCACGCGGGGAGGGUUUCAUCAAAUCCCCGGCCUCCGGGAUGUGGCAGUGCACCCUGCUGUCCGGCCCUCUGCCGCAGGAGUGCGGAGAUCACGAGGCCUCCGCUUCUGCUCUUUGUGCCGCCGCGGAGACGGCGUGGAUGGGGCCGCAGCCACAGCAGCAGCAGCGACAGCGGCGGGGGAAGAAGGAGGAUGCCAUUCUGCUGCACCCGCGCUCGUCGCUUUUGCCGCUGCAGUUUCAGCUGAUAUCUGUCAGCAGCAAGUACCUCUGCAGCCUUCUCGUCAACGCCCGCCCGCAUCCGUUGAGUGAGGUCCACAUCUUUCGCCUAGACAAAAUAAAGCCCGGCACCAAGCUCCCUGACACUGUCACUGUCGCCUUUGCCUCGGCGACGGAGGCCACAUGGGCGGAUCUGCUGUUGUUUAUGCAACAGGCAGCAGGCAUCGGCGGUGCUGGCGAGGCCACCCACACGGCGGUGUGGCGGCUGAAUUGGGUGGCCCCCGCAGAGAGCGGCAUCAGCGUCGGUGCCGCGUUCCUUUGGCGUGUCACGGAGGCGCUGCCGCUCUGUGGUCGCGUCCAGGACGCCGCUACAGAGGCAAAUGAGGAGGCGACGAUGCAUAUUGCGGUGGUAACAGCGAAGGAAGGGGCGGUUUACACCCCACCAGGCCGCGCCGUCCCCAUGUCUGAGGGGCCGCCGCCGCUUCCGCCGAAGCAAACCCACAGAGAGACGUCUCCGGAUGGCCUGCCACAGCGUGAUUUGUCAGCGGCGUUUAUGGAGGCCCAACGGGAAGCGGAGGUUUCCACAGCGUCUGCAGAAGAUGAAUCGAUGCAGGAGGUAAAGAGCAACCCGCAGCCAACCUAUGCAGAGAUCCUUGUGCGUGGAAUUCGGCAACGCCGCGCUGACGCGACGACGUCUGCGGAGCAAGCCGUACGUGAGUGGCGGCAGCGCCUCAUCACUCUACGGAAGCAGCUUUACCGCGGCCUCUGCAUGAAUACAGCACCACGCAUUGCGAGGGAUCAGAUAUCACUACUACAAAAAGAGGAACAGCAACCAUGUCAUUCGACUGGUGCGAAAGUCAUGGCGCUUCUACUGAAGACUGGUAUGCAGGAGAUGCUGUGCGAUGUGCUGUUUGACGCAGCCGCAUGUUUAUUGAUGGGAGGAGAGAGGUCGCGCGGUGCCAACCGGCUGCUGCAGGAAUGUGCCACCACGGCCCGGACAGCUAGUGAAGAACUGGGGGAGCGGAAAGACAAUGUGGUGGCGGCACUGCAGUUCUCGCACGGCAUUUUGCAGCUGCGCCUGUUGCGUCAUCGUUGCUACGCUGCGGCGUUGCUGGGGCAACCGGUGACAGCUGCGAUGCUGCACGAGGCGUUGCGGGAGCAGAAGCAGGUGAUGACGCUGCUGCAAGGGGAGUGCGCCGGCGCCGUGUGUCCUGGCGGCGCCGCGAUUAAUGUUGGGGAUAACGACGACGACGACGACGGGGGCUCGGCUGGAAAGCAGCUUGCCGUCGGCGUUCUGACGGCGGCCCUCUCGCUCAUGGAGAUGUCUCUCCUCGUGAGGAAGUCUGGUGCGCUGUGCGACGAUAUGACGAGCGCUGCAGGGUCGCUGCUGUUGUGGCUGCGCGACACCUCCGGCGGCCCCUUUGAACUACCUGUCGCCCUUCUUGCGCAACUGGAGGAGAGAGUCGCGGCAAGCACCCGUGGGCGGCUGCAUGGCAUGCAUCGGCGAUGCAAGGUUUGUCCCGCCGCGCGAGGGAGCAGAGAUCGUGGGAAGACGGAGUUUUGUUGCGGUGUGGUGCGGGCUGUGCCGUGCAGCGCCGUCUUUGACCACCAGUUUGCUCGGACAAGGGCACUUAUCCGGGUCCUUGAGGCCGCCACCGCGGCGAGAGGAUCAGCCGGUGGCAUGUGCGGCGGGUGA